GGCAAAUUCACAGGGACAACUGAAGUUUCCAGGAAUGAACAGAUUAGGGCUUCUGUUCAUACUUCACUGAUUAGACCAAGUGCCUUGGAUACAACGUAUCUACCUACUACUACACAACUUCCCACCCACGUUGACUAAUUUCUCUUUCAUGUUUAUUGAUAGAUCACAACGCCAAUCCCAUAAACAUCUCCAAAGCCCUUCGCAAAAGGUCUUAUCUCCGGACCCAGUGACCACAGCUCGCCGUGAUCCCCGGACUUAACCUGUCCUUAAACACCACCCAAGAUACAAAACGGCGGGAAUAAGCCUUGUUCUCCUCAACUCACCCCGUCCCAAGGAAUUGCGUGCUUUCUUGGGGAAAUUUAUCAAAUUCAACGAGACUGCCAAUCCAAGAAGAAAGAAAAAAAACAUGUGCUGUUUACUGCGCACCAACAAACCGAUGGGCGGCACUAGUCCCCGAUACGCGAUAUGACGUGAUUCGCUCCGCGUCUAGCAACAUCAAGCAUCGCUCCAUACACAAGCUCUCCCAGCACCCUCUAAGCCUUCCAUCCAACGUAAAGGUCGUUGUCCGUUUGUCCAUUGCCGUUCACGGUCCCGGCUUGCCUCGCAGUUCUUAUCAGAUGUGACGGAUUGGUGGGAUAAGCCACAAUCGGCACUGGUUAGAGGCACCCUUGCAUGCCACGAGUUUGGCAUGAACCGUCCACCUUUCUGAUCAGCAGGGUAGGAGAGAGAACGGCAGGGACAAGUGCCGUACCACUAAAAGUCGAAGAAGAGCUCGUCGACUGGAACGGCCAACUGUUGCGCAAUCCUAUCCAUGUGCUAUGCCAUCCUCUGAUGAACCAUCUUAGCCCACCCUUUCUUGCCAAUCCAACCCCCGCAUAGUUCGGGAGCGGGAUGUCGUGAUCUGGGGUAGAGGACGUACUACCUUGAACGGACUGUCGGAAGCUUAUAAGUAGGAGGGUGAUGUCGCGUGUGCUGGAAAGACGGAUCUGAACUCUAUCCAAAGCAGUUCGAGACUUGAGAGUCUGAGAUUGUUUCACCAUAUACACUUCACAGACACAAUGGCCCCCUCCGCUGUGGAAACUGAGACCACCACGGUCCCCAACAUCGGCAAUUUGAAGCUCAACGCCACCACGGGUCCGUACAAGGAGAUUGCCACAACCAAGUUCGAUAAGGAUGCUGAAGCCGGCCUGAAGGGCCACAAAGCCGCCAAGUACCCGCACUACCUCCCAACUUGGAACCCCAACGACAAGUACCCCCCACUCCAGCCGUUUGAGCAUUACGAGCACGGCAAGGACGCGGACCCAUCCUUCCCCAACCUUCUCCCUGAGAGCACAGCCGUCACCCACCUCACCCCAACCAUUGGCACCGAAGUCAAGGGCAUCCAGCUCUCCACCCUCAGCGACGCCGGCAAAGACGAGCUCGCCCGCUUCGUUGCCGAGCGCAAGGUCGUCGCCUUCCGCGACCAAGACUUCCGCGAUCUGUCCAUCGAGCAAGCCCUCGAGUUCGGCGGUUAUUUCGGCAGACACCACAUCCACCCCACCAGCGGCGCGCCAGAAGGCUACCCCGAGAUCCACCUCGUCCACCGCGGCGCAGGCGACAACUCAGUCGACAAGUUCUUCGCCAACCGCACCUCGUCCGUAGCCUGGCACUCCGACGUCUCCUACGAGGCCCAGCCUCCUGGAACCACCUUCCUGUACAUUUUCGACAAGCCCGAAUCUGGUGGCGAUACCCUCUUCGUCAACGCCGCCGAGGCCUACAACCGUCUUUCGCCUGCCUUCCAGGAGCGUCUUCACGGCCUCAAGGCCACCCACUCUGCCCACGAGCAGGCCAAUGCUUCGGCCUUGAGGGGCGGCAUCGUCCGUCGCGAGCCCGUGAUCCACGAGCACCCCAUUAUCAGAACCCACCCCGUCACAGGCGAGAAGGCCAUCUACGUCAAUCCUCAGUUCACCCGUGACAUCGUCGGCCUCAAGAAGGAGGAGUCCGACGUCCUCCUCAAGUUCCUCUACGACCAUCUCGCCUACGGCGCCGACUUCCAAGCCCGUGUCAAGUGGGAGGAAGGCACCGUUGUCGUUUGGGACAACAGAGUUACCCAGCACUCGGCGCUGAUCGACUGGAAGAAUGCCCAGCGGAGACAUCUGGCGAGACUAACGCCCCAGGCGGAAAGGCCGUUUGAGACUCCUUAUAAGGGUUGAAGAGGCAACAAGGCGGGUCAUGCUGUAACAUCUUUGUCGUUUCUUUUUUCUUGUGUAUGGGUAGCGUGCAUAUCAAUCUCAGACUGAAGUUGAGUCAUCUUUCAAUCAAUCGUAGCAACAGGUUCUCACUCAGACAAAUGGAAUAUCGUCAAGGGCUGCUUCCUGAGUUUCGGAUUUGAUUCCUGGCUGUGCUCUGGAUUCUCGGCGCCGUCUUUGUUCUAGUCUUCUAGCACGAAUACGAGAAAGAAAAUCGUUGGC